AUGUCAGGCUGGUUCACUCUCUUUACCAAUUGUCGCUACAUCCUCAAUGGCGAGCUUGUUGAGGACCAUCUCGUUAUCUCAGAUGAGACCGGACUCAUCCUGAAAAGAGAAGGCUACAUUGGCGGCGAGGCUAUCGACUUGGAAGACACUAUCAUAGCUCCAGGCUUCCUGGAACUGCACACCAAUGGGGCAAAUGGCUUCCAUUUCACACACUAUGAGGACGAAAAGACAUAUGCGACCAAGAUCGAUGAUAUCGCAAGGUACUACGCAACUCAAGGUGUCACCGGAUUCUGGGCAACCCUGCCAACUAUAAAGAGUAAUGAAUUCCAAAAGAUUCUUCCCUCUUUGAAGCCACGGCAGAUUUCCUCUUCAGCAUCUCUGCUCGGAGCUCACACCGAAGGGCCAUAUCUACAUCCAGAUAAGAAGGGCGCGCACAACAGCUCCCUCUUUCACCCAUGCUCAACCUCCCCUUCGACUGUGUACGGAUCUACUAAUCUGCAAUCUACUGUCAAGCUUGUGACCGUCGCACCAGAACUUCAAGAUUCAGCAGCACUUAUCAAAUCGCUUACGUCGCAGGGCAUCAAAGUAGCAAUGGGCCAUUCAACUGCCACGUAUGAACAAGGAUUGACGGGGUUGAAAGCUGGCGCAAGUGGAUUAACACAUACCUUGAAUGCCAUGCCAGCUUGGGCAUCACGAGCGCCUGGAUUAGCUGGCCUGGUCUCGCUACCGGAAACAGGAAAGGUCGCACCGCCGUGGUAUACCAUCAUUGCGGACGGAGAGCAUCUGCAUCCCAAUACCGUGUCUUUGCUUCAUCGCUCAAGCCCAAAGCGAUCGAUUCUGAUAACAGACAGCAUUGAACUUGCUUCACUCAAGAAUGGAACAUAUCCUGGCCACUCGCAGAUUCCUUUUGAACAGGUGAAGAAUGGUACACGGGCGACGAUUGCUGGAACCGACACCUUGAUUGGUGGCUGUAUACCACUCCAGCAGAGUGUGAGAAACUUGAUGGAUUGGUCUGGAUGUGGAAUCGCAGAGGCUGUGGGCACGGUUACAGAAAAUGUGGCUGCGUUUAUGGGCGUUGACGGAGAAGGUGGAAGAGGUGUGCUAAAGGAGGGUAGAAGAGCAGACUUGACGGUAUUGAAUGAGCAAGGCGAAGUGCUACAAACGUGGGUGGCGGGACACAAAGUAUGGGACAAGGAAGAAGACAUCAGGGCACACGAGGACGAUGGUGAAGCAAGAGGCUGA